CUGCAGACUUUAUGUCUCGACUGAGGAACCGUUAUUAACUGUUGGUUAACUCUUCUAGAAAAAAAGUUCUUUAUUAUUUUUAAUUUUCAUCCUGUUUUCGCGUGCUGUACUUUCAUCCGGUAAUUUCUGAGGAUGACGAGCAAGAUAAAGUGUGUUCGCUUUCUGAUGAAGGCUGCAGCACUGGCCAGCGUGCCCAAACACAUAGACCACUUCUCCAAGUUCUCCCCUUCUCCUCUGUCAAUGAAGCAGUUCUUGGAUUUUGGCUCGACUAACGCCUGCGAGCGCACGUCAUUUGUCUUCCUUCGCCAGGAGCUUCCCGUUCGUUUGUCCAACAUUAUGAAAGAGAUCAACCUGCUGCCGGACCGGCUGCUGGCCACACCCUCUGUCCAGCUGGUCCAGAGCUGGUACAUCCAGAGCCUGAUGGAGAUCUUGGAGUUUCUGGACAAGAACCCAGAUGAACAGAGAGUCCUUGAGACGUUUGUGGAGGUGCUGGAGGCUAUCAGGAACCGGCACAAUGAGGUGGUCCCCACCAUGGCUCAGGGAAUCAUGGAGUACAAAGACGCCUUUGGCCAGCAGGACCCCGUCACUGACCACAACAUCCAGUACUUCCUGGACCGCUUCUACACCAGCCGCAUCUCCAUCCGCAUGCUCAUCAACCAGCACACUCUAGUCUUCAGCGGCAGCACAAACCCCUCCCACCCCAACACCAUUGGUUGUAUUGACUCCGUGUGUGACGUGACAGAGGUUGUGCGAGAUGCCUAUGAGAGUGCUAAGAUGUUGUGUGAGCAGUAUUACCUGGGAGCACCAGAGCUGGAGCUCAGGCAGAUAAAUGCCAACAACAUCAGAGAGUCCAUCCAGAUCUCAUAUGUCCCAUCUCACCUAUACCACAUGCUCUUUGAACUGUUCAAGAAUGCCAUGAGAGCAACCAUUGAGAACCAUGAGGCCAGCAGAACCCUCACACCCAUCAAAGUCAUGGUUGCCCUUGGCGGAGAGGACCUGUCAGUCAAGAUGAGUGACAAAGGAGGUGGCUUUCCCUAUAGGAAGACUGAGCACCUCUUCAGCUACAUGUACUCCACAGCUCCCAGACCUUCCCUAGGAGACAAACACAGAGCCCCACUGGCUGGGUUUGGCUAUGGUCUGCCCAUCUCUCGCCUCUAUGCACGUUACUUCCAGGGAGACUUACAGCUUUACUCUAUGGAGGGUUACGGCACUGAUGCGGUCAUACAGCUGAAGGCAUUGUCUACGGACUCCGUGGAGAGGCUGCCAGUGUUUAACAAGUCUGCUCUGCGCCACUACAAGCUGAGCCUAGAAGCAGAUGAUUGGUGUGUUCCUUCCAAGGAGCCACUGGAUCUGGCCGUCAAUCGGCCUACUAAGUGAUUCAGCCAUGACAUGACUUCUGACACAAAUAAGCAUACAAGCUGACCAGGAAAUGUCCUUUAAAGGCGGGACAUUGUGGGGCCAGAACUAUUAGCCCAAAAGUUGAUGGAGCUGAGGUGACCAAAGGUCCAAAGGCCACCAAAGGCAUCCUGAUUGUCUGAGAAUUUCUUUGAUUGAAGCAUGCACUUUGUCUUUUAUCUCCUCCUGCUUUCCUUACUUGGGUGCUACAGAAGGAAGAGAAAAAAAAUGACUGACAUCUUGCAUCAUGAUGGGUGACAGUCAAAGUUGCAGUGGUAGAAAUCCAGAGAGAAAGGGAGCAAAAGAAAAAAAAUGACAAGAUGAAUUGAGCUGAUAAGUGAGAAGAACAGUUUGAUGAAAAUAUAUAACUAGACAUUUUCUGAUCAAUAUUGAGAAAGUGGUUUAAAAACCAGCAUCAAUCAAAUGAUAAAUUAUCACUUUUAUCACAGUUAUUUACAUCACCAAUGUAAAAAUGCUGGUAAAAGAGAGAGCUCAUCUGCUUAUGCAGCAGUAACAUUACUGUAGCUUCACAGACUGACAAAACAGGUUUCUUCACAAUCCUGAAUCUUACAUUCAAGACCUUUUUUUUCAGUGAAGCUUAAGCAAACUAAAUGAUUGAUCAAGUAGCGGGAGAUUAUGGCAACUGUUUCACUAUCUGCCAGCUGUCUGCAUCAUUUGAACUCAAGAGCUCGCUGCUAACUAGUAGCUACACUAGCUACUGAAAAUAAUCAGAUAGCUUUAGGGUUAAUUUAGGCUACAUAAAGACAUCACUAAAAAAACACUGUCCACUUUCUAUCUUAUAUGACAUCAAAAUGAUAUAGAUAGUACAUGUAGUGGCAUGCAGAAAGCAUAUUAACCAGAGAAGAAUAACAUUUUUUAGUGUCAUAGAAUUAACAUGUUAGCUACAGCUAACUACAUUUACCAGUGUUAAUGUUGUAUAAACAUUAUUAAAACUUUUUUUUACUGAUUCACGGGGACAAAAGUAAGCCUUAUUCCAACUGCAUUAGAAACUCUUGUCAACAUUUGGCAUGAAGCCACUGCUUUGAAGCACAUUUUUCAAAUAAGGGUAAGUUCUAGCUAAGUAGCUAGCAAACAAAAAUGUGAUAUAUUUACUCUUUCUUUAGAACACAUUUACUUUUAACUUAUAUGUUUGCUAACAGUUAACUAAAUGUGCCCAAGGGUUUUUCAUAUCUUCCACUAUCAGUAAGACAUUCAGUAAAAAACAGUGAUGUGCUCUGCAGUGAAGUCUGGAACAAAAAGCAGCACACCUGUGGUCCAGCGUGAAAUUAUUCCUCAUUAUUAUUACCUCAUAUGCAUGCUAUUCAUCUGUUGCACCAAUUCCAUUCAGUAAAAGACUUUUAGGCUUUUAUUUGCUUUGCUUGACUGGACUGCUGUUAGUGUGAAUCAGUCAGUGGGGAUACUGUGCAAACUUGUAUUUUACUUCUGCUGGUCUUGAAGGCAUUGAUGGUAAGGCAUGUCAUGAAUUCCUGUUUUGUGGCCAUGUGCUAGUUUAAGUCAAACAUAUUCAUCAACUCAGUUACUGAAACCACACAAGGAUCGGUUACAGUUUAUCAAGUACAGCAUUAUCACACUGUUACAGAGUUAAUUAAACACAUCUUCUCUUGACAGUAAUGAUAAUCCAUUAAACAGCUAUGCCAGAAGAGUGGAAAUCACUUUACUCAGCUUGUUUUCAAAGACCUGUAAUGAAUCCAGAUUGCAGUGUGUGUAUUUGUGCAAUUAACUGUGGGUAUUCACAGGAAUGAAUGUGAGUGACUGUUUUGUGUGUCUUUUGAAAUGCUGCGUUCUAUUGUAUAUUUUGAAGUGAAGUGUUCAUGUUGAUGGAUUUUUAUGUUUUA